CGGAAUAUCUAGGUAUUAUAUGUGUAGCUUUAUAUAGAUUAUCUAUGGUAGCCGGUCUUGUCCGAUGAUUUGGUGUUUUUAAUUAUUUCUAAUAGAAAAUUGCUAAAUUUUAACUACUUAAUUGUUUAUCUGGAAAUAUAAAAAUAUAUAAGUGUAUAUUUUUCCAACAGGUGCGUUAGUAACUCCAAUUUUAAAUUUGCUUGCAUUAGUCAAUUAAAAUUCCUUUUACAAUUUCCUCUGUGACCUUUGCCUUUAUUUGUUCAUAUUCAAUACAGCCAGUGUCCAGCAGUUCAUGCUAGCGCAAUAAUUAAGUGAUUCGGUAUUUUUUUAAGAUGGAGCUUGAAAUCCUAAGUGUGUCUGGAUCAAAACCUAUUGGAAAGGUGAAUGUAAACGAUUCUGCCACUGUAAAAGACGUUAAACAGAAGAUUUAUAAAAAUUUAAAGAAAAAUCUUUAUCCAGACAGGCAAUCAAUAAAAACUGAGUUAAAAGGUAAAUCAUUGAAAGAUGAGGCUACAUUACAGUCUUUAAACAUAGCAAACGGUGCCAAGCUCUAUCUUCAAGAUCUUGGACCUCAAGUGUCUUGGAAGAAUGUAUUUUUAGCUGAGUAUGCAGGCCCAUUAUUUAUGUACCUUUGGGCGUAUCAAAGACCAUGGCUUCUGUAUGGAGAGCAAACUUCGACACCUGGAACUGUAGCAAGUAUUGCGGCUAUUUGCUGGUCAGUGCACUAUGCUAAGAGACUCUUGGAAACUUUGUUUGUUCACCGUUUCUCACACGGUACUAUGCCCUUAAGAAAUUUGUUUAAAAAUUGUUCAUAUUAUUGGCUGUUUGCAUUAUACAUUGCAUACCACAUUAACCAUCCCCUAUACACAGCUCCGUGUAACAUUUGUGUCUAUGUUGGAUUAAUUGGAUUCACUAUUUGUGAAUUGGGGAAUUUGAGCAUCCAUAUUUUACUCAAGAACCUCCGACCACCUGGCACCAAGGUCAGACGCAUUCCUGUACCAGAUAGCAACCCUUUCUCUCAACUCUUCAACUUUGUGUCGUGCCCUAAUUACACUUAUGAAUUUGGAUCAUGGCUCUUCUUUACAAUCCUGACCAAAUGUGCUCCAGCUGGUAUUUUUGCAGUGGUUGGUUUAUACCAGAUGUCAGUAUGGGCUCUUGGCAAACACCGCAACUACAAGAAGGAAUUCUCUGACUACCCAAAGAGUAGAAAAGCUAUCUUGCCUUUCAUGCUAUAAAAACAUAAUUGUGUAAUCUAAAGUUACGUCACACUAAGGUCAGCAACAUAUAAGUGUAAAGUACGUUUAAGCAGUCUACUUUAUUAAAUGUGACGUAAAUAGUGAUGGUUUCUGGUAGGCUAUCUUUUUUUAUUAAUUAAUUCGUUUAUGCCGUUGAAGGUGAACAAGUUCGUAUAUUAAUGCUAUUAUAUUAGGGUAAGAAUGUUUAUUAAAUGGUGUAUGUUUAAUUUGGGAUUAUUUUUUGUUAAUGUCCGACUGUUAUUUUGCGCUCAAUUUAUGCAUUUGUUGUUUUUUUUCUUUACAUAAAAAAAUCUGUUGGAAAGAUUUAAAAUAUAUUUAUGCCCGCAAAAACCAGAAAUGAGUUUUUGCUAUUUAGCAAUCAUCCAAUUAGAUUUUUUUAUGAAUACGACUCAAUAUUUAAUUUAAAUAAAAUUAUAGACAAAC